GGAAGUAGAAGGGGGAGAAGGAGAGCUCGGCAGCGACUGCGAGGAGACACCAGCGUCCACGUCAAAGAGAAGGAGGAGGAGAUCCCCGGGCGUUGUUGAUUUUCCACGGGGGCCACGGCGGCUUCCACCAUGGGCUGCUGGCUCUCUGGACCGUGGGUGGGCGACCCGGCGCUGACCAGUGGGCGGAGCCUGGCACACCUGAGCCAGCGUGAUGCUCUGCGCAUCCUGACGGCGAGUCAGCACCCCGUCACCAUGCAGGUCAAGACUCAGAGGGGACGCGACACAGACCGGGCGGCCUGGGAGCACCUGCCCCUCAACCUGCAGCACCUGAACCUGCCCAUGAUGGGGGCGGGGCUUAAUGCCACAAGCCCCUCCUACCAGGAAAGGCAUUAUUACAACCACUUGUCCCUGCCACAAGAUCACUGCGACGGAGGACACUACGGCUACCUUUCCGGCUCCCAGAGAGACACCGUGGACAUCAGCCACCAGGAUGCGGAAGUGAGCGGCCAUCGAGCCAAGGAGCAGAGCUGCCUGAUGGGAUGUUGCAACGUCAGUCCGGAUGAACCCAAAGGCUACCACAGCCAGACGGACGAUGACGACUUCAUGCUGGAGAAGCCUCUGGGCUUCCUGCCCCUCCACCACGAGCUGGACAGCGGCCUGGGCUGGACCGAUGGCUCCCUCCACCAAGGCGACCUCUCGGGCAUGGAGACGGAGGAGGCGGGGCUUGAGGACUGCCAUCCCCACGGAGCCCCGGGCCACGGGGGCUGCGGAGCCUUUGGAGGUGGUGGCUCCCCUUCCUCCGAGUCCUUCAUCUCGUCGGAGCUCAGCGACUCCGGCUUCUACAGCGUCAGCACCGGGGAGUUCCGCCACUUCCAGAGGAUGCUGGAGAAACGGAUGCGGCUGUACAACGCUCGGCUGCAGCAUCAGGGAGAAACGUGUGAGAGGAGGGAGCGGCGCGACAGCUGCCCAAUGAGCCACCGCGAGCUGCUGGAGGCCAUUCCGGAGACGCUGAGUAUGCAGCCGCCGUGUCAGCGCUUGCAGUUGGGGAUGGAGGAAACCACGGGGCCCGUGUUGGACCUCCCGACAGGAGGCCUUUUCAGGGUGUCAUCAGUCCAGUUCCACAAAACGGAUCGACCCUGUCUGAACCGUCACAGCUCAAGCAGCGGCGCACUCUUUAACCCCUCCCACGCACACGCACCGGCGUCACGAAUGAGCGUCCCAGUCCUCUCCACCUGCAGUACCCCCUCCAGCCACCGGAGGCCGCUAGCACCUGUGCAGCAGCACCAUCAAGGCUCCAGCUCUGUUGGGAUGCUGAGGAGAAGCCGUACGCUGCACCAUCGCCCACCAACGCAGGAAUACCGGCGCCGGGCCAGUCACCCGGCGUCCCCCUCCUAUUGUGCAGCCACCCUGCACCACUGUGGGGGGGUCACGCCUCAUAGCGUCUUGCAACAUGGCCUACCAGAGGAGACGGAGCUGGUAGCAGACGAGAUGGUUGCCCACCCAGCAGAUCUGUCACCACAACAGCACCAUAUCAGAGGUCCCUGCUACAAUAGCAACCCAAACGGCCAGCUCACUCACCACGACUGGUGGCACGCGCAACAAAUGGGGUUGAUCACUGACCCAGUAGCGGCGGAACGGGACCAAGAAAUAGAACUGGAACAGAACAGGCAAAUGGAGACUCUAGAGAGGGAAGCGCAGAUUCAGGAGGAAGUGGACCGAGAGAGACAGCAGGAGAUUCAAAGGAGCCGGACCAGAGAGCAACAGCACCUCCAGAGUGUUAUGCAACCUGUCCAGCCGGGGGAUGUCAACGACACGUGGCCUAAACUCGCCAGCCGCCAGUCCCAGUGUGGCGGAGGAUGUCGAGGUCUUUACAGCACCCUGGAGGGCCACACAGGGACUGGCUCUAUCAUUGGUCUGGAUGCAAAUAAAGAACAAUUGGAUGCACAGCCAAGCCCUAACCCCUCCUCCGGGCUACACGCCAAAAUGAACCCUUGCUCUAAAGCCAACAUGACUUCUCGGAUCUCCAGGAACCAGUUCCUGAGGGACCGGGCCUCUCAGCUUGCUGACGAGCGCAGCGGGAUGAGCACGGACGAUGAGACCACCACGGACAUGCUGCUAGGUCGAUACUGGAGCCGAACGGAGAGGAGGGAACACUUCCUACUCGCCCGCGAGCAGAAGCAGCAGCAGGCAAGAGGAGGGGGUGUACGCGAGGCCUCCGGCAGGGGUGGCGCCCCCGCUUCCGAGCGAGGCGGGCCGGACGGCCGAGCCGGUGGCACUUCCGCAGAAGGAAGGUGCAGUACGGUCCUGGAGCUGAGUCAGAGGAAGCUGAGUCGGCUGAGGAAUCGGAAGAUGUUGGACGAUUGGACGACUGUGGAGGAGCUGCUGACUCACGGGACCAGGCUGGACAGCCAGGACCACCCAAUGAUCUGUGCCAGCCCCCUGCUGACCGUCACCACUGUCUAACAGCACAUUUCACUA